AUGGCUCGCGUAGUGCGUCUCUCCCUCGCGCUUCUCGCGCUGCUCGCCGUCGUGGGCGCCGCCAAUGCCGCUGCGUCAGCAGGCGUCAACUACAGCCAGAGCGGCCUCGACUGGGGGGGAGAGUGCCAGUCGGGCGAGAAGCAGUCGCCCAUCAACAUCGUGAUGGACGAGGCGAAGGAGGUGAGCGAGCCGGAGAAGUUCGUGCUCGAGUACGACUCCGCCGCCACCACCGCCACCGUCAUCAACAAGGGCUUCACCGUCCAGGUGGCUCCCAACCCAGAGAAGACCUACAAGCUGCACAUCAACAGCGGCGUCUACAACCUCCUCCAGAUGCACGUGCACUCGUUCUCGGAGCACGCUGUGAACGGGCUCUUCGCGGCCAUGGAGGCGCACUUCGUGCACGUGCACGAGAGCGACCCCAACACCCUGGCUGUCGUCGGCGUCAUGAUCCGCCUGCAGCGCCACGACGAGGCGUCCGCCUGGAUCGACACCUGGCUGCCCAAGACCCCCGCCGAUGUGAACGGCACGGCCACCAUCGACAUUCCCGACAACUUCUGGGCUGACAUGAUCGACACGUCCAUGGGCUUCUGGCGCUACCCCGGCUCGCUCACCACCCCCGACUGCAACGAGAUCGUCGAGUGGCACGUCGUGCGCAAGGCCAAGUUCCUCUCCGUCGCUCAGACCAUCACUUUCAUGAACAUGAUGGCGAAGUACAACACCGAGCGCACUGACAACCGCCUCCCCGAGCCCGUCAAUGGCCGCACUGUUACCUACUACACCAACGUCUCGUCUUAG